GGGGCGUAAUUGACCACGCCCCCUGUAUUAGGCCACGCCCCAUUUCCUGCCCGGGGCGCUCUGCGCCCUUGAACCGGCCCUGAGUACAAUCAAUUAAUAUUACAUCCAGACUAGCAAAAUAGACUCACAGUUGCCUAAAAAUAGUGUGCUGCAUCAUAUUAGAAGUUGCAAAACUGCCUGGUUGGACAGAACCUGCUACACUUCAUUUGUUGUAAUCCAUCCAUUGCUACCUUCAUCCAAGACUUGUAUUAACUAUUCUCAGGAUAUAACUUUCCUAGAAAGGUGCACUAUACUCAAUGUAGCUAGCUACAAAACUAAAGGUUUUUACAGGGCCCCAAUUAUAAGAGUAUUUUCAGGUGAUUGCUUAAAACUGUAUAUUAGUGUGUAAGGAUUGUCAAAUGUGGAUAUUGUUUCUUGUGCUUUAUUGUUCUUUGCAUGAAAAUGGUAUGUGACUAGCAUAGACAUUGAGGUUAAUCUAAAUUGCCAUUAUAUGAGAUAAUCUCAAAUUUCUACAGCUGAGAAAAAGUUAUAGCAGUGUUUCAGUAGAAUAAAAAUUCAUAUAGAGAAAUUGUGUAAUCAAUGCCUGUGUGCAAUAUAUCCUGAACUAUAUUGUAAGUGGCUGGUGAAACUUAUGCCUGUUAGAAGCUACAGACACUAGGUCCAGGUGAGGAACACCAGAAAAGAUAAAGUAACACAUUAAACCAGAAGGUUAGACUUCCUAAUACUUACCUGUAAAUUGUUGACUUCAGUGAUACCUACUUUAGGGUGUCACAUUUGGCGUCGUACAAACAGGAUACGAACAUGUCUUCUGAUGAUCAAGCAGCGGGGGAUUUGUCAAAUACUCACCCAACCAUGGCCAGCAUAAAUCCAAUCGUAUUGCCGUAUUACUUUGGGGCUACAUGGAUUCCAACAUAUAGAGGAGAUGUUCGAGGUUCUGAAGGGAACACAUGGACUGAAUUUAGGAACAAAAUGAAGUCAUUGUUCCGUUUAUACCAAUUGAGCAAACAACAGCAAGUGGAGAUUCUUAUAGGGCAGCUAAGAGGCACAGCCCUAAGAGAGGUGACUUCAUGGCCAGAGGAAAAAAGAGAAACCGUAGGCCUCAUCUUGAACCGACUAGCUGCCACAUUUGAAACAAGACCGUUAUCUGAACUUAAGGUGGCUUUUUACACGAGAAAGCAGCGGCCAAGAGAAACACUGCGUGACUUUGCACUCAAUCUUCAGGAGGCACUUCGAGCAUUACAGGUCAUAGAUCCAACAGAAAUUCGGCCAACAGAUGAAAUAUUGAUUAAUCAAUUUAUAGAGGGAUCCCAUGGUGAGAUAGUGAAGUCGCAUUUACGCCUCCUUCAGCUACAGUUAUCAAAUAGCUCAUUUUUGGUCUUCAAAGAAGCUGCCAUUAAAGUGGUAGGGACGUUACAGAUGCAAGAAAUGUCCUGCCCUGAGAUGUUGGGAAUCCAAGAAGAAAAAUACCCUCCAGAGAUCACAAAUCUGAAAUUGGAUCUGCACUCACCUAAAGAAGUUGUUGCACAGGGUGAUCAGGUGCCAAGGACUGAUCUAUUAAGUACUAUAGGAGUGCAAGUCGCUGAGCUGACCCAUGGGAUAAAUGAAAUGACAUAGCAAUUGUGGAAUUUCAUGCAGCAACAUGAAAAGUGCAGAGGAGAGACAAACUGGAGCAUCGAUGAAAGACAGCCCAGAGAUGUGUACCUUCAUGCUGUAGACCAGAAUCAAACUGAAGUGGUCACAACACCAGCUACAGAGCCUGUAGUCAGUGCAAGAAAAGUUAAGGGGAAAGUCAUUUGGUUUAACGUGUGGUUUGGCUAUGGCUUUAUAAAUUGUCCUAACACCAAGAAAGAUGUGUUUGUACAUUAUACGGACAUAAAGAAGAACAACCCCCGGAAUUAUUUCCGAAGUCUGGAGAGAGGAGAAACGGUUGAGUUUGAUGUUGUAAAUGGAGAAAAAGGUCCGCAGGCAGCUAAUGUAACUGGUCCUGGUGGUGCUCCAGUGCAAGGCAGUAGAUAUGCAUCAAAUCGCAAGCAUUAUUGUCACAGAGGUGCUCCAUGUGAUUAUCAGCAAAGCUGCCAAUACAGUGAAGGUGGAGAGGAGAGCAAAGAAGGGGAAAAUGUGGCAGAAAGUGCAUAUCAACCACAGCCUGAUGGGACAUGUUGCUACCCACUGUAUGAGCAAAUGGCGGAGGAGAGAGUUGACACUGUGCAGCAAAGCUUGCAAGACAUAAUCCGACCACAGCUGCCUCCAGAUCCAGCAUGUUUAGGUGAGGCCAGAGUCAAGGACAUCAGUUCCAGUGCGGCCUGCCUUGAUCAGGCAGAUUCAGGUGUAGCCGACCGGGGAGAAGUCACAGAGAAAGUGAUCUACAUGGCUGCAGCAGAAGCCUUGGAAGUUUCCUCUAAACCCAUUGCACCAAAUUCCGUUAGGUCAAUGUCUGAACCUCAUAUUCCUGCAAAACCCUCUAAUAAAACAAAAGAGGCUGUAACAUGGCUUUUCCCAGAGUGGCAUUGCGAAGACUGUGAAUACACCACAAUAAGAGGUGAAGAGUUUGUCUCAAUUUUGCAACAGUCAUCAAGAAGAUCAGGAAAGAGGCCCAAAGGGAUUUCUUCCCAUUAGAUACUGGCAAAAGAAAAUGUAAAAGUGAUUAUAUAACAAACAUAUCAGUUUAUACAAUAGUUUUGGAAAAAGUAAGUGUUAGAAGUGUUUAAUGUUACUGUUGCUAUAUGGCAAACUGACUGUGUUAACGUUUAUGCUACAUUUCUAAAACUUAAAGUGAAGUCUUGAAAGUUAAAACAGAACGUCUUCUAAUGUUAUUUAUGUUAAAUAUAGUGUAAUGUAAAGACUGUAUUUGAAUUUCACAGCUGCAAGGUUGUUUGCUGAUAUGCGUGGGGACACGCAUAAUCCUAGCGGGCUGAUAUGUGACACCCCAUCAGAGUUGCCACGGACAUUUAACUUAUUUCUGCGCCCUUUUUCCCCCUCUACAAAAUACAGCCUGGCUAAAUACUUUGAAACUUCAGCAAGGAAAGGGUUAAGAACAUUUUCUAUGCUAUAGCUGUCAUGUGCUUGGACAGUUAAGAGCCGUGUGCCGAGUCUGUUGGCAGUUGGGCGGCGGCCAUCUUAGGAGGAUGGGCAGAGUGAAACAGGACCUAGGAACAGAAGGUGCUGAGCUGAUUUGGUGGUGUACAUGGUGACCAAAGGAGACUCCUUACCUGAUCUUCAAUAAAUCAGAGUCCAGCAGCUGACAAAGAGAGUGUAUAUGGAGUGCACGUUACUAUGGCAACCUGCGUCAAGACGUCAGCUCGCCUGACCGGCGCCGGCUGUACACGUCAUUUUCGAGUUCCCACUAUGUCAGUAGCGGAGAGCGGGCGGUCAGCGGUGUAGGACAGGUGAGUAUGAUUAAUCAAUUUUAGAUAGGAUUGUCUUGCCUAUAUAUAUGUAACACUGUUAUAGUCUGUUUGUGAUGUGCUGUCCCUGACGACGGGGUAUAUCCCCGA